AGAAAAGAAGCGUAUUUGCAUAAAAAAAACUAUGUGGAGGAUGUUGUUCGUCAUUAUAAUAACCGAGAUUUCAAAUCACAUUUUCGAAUGGAUAGAUCGACUUUUGAAAUUUUGUUCAACCUCAUUAGUAAGGAAGAAAUUCCUGGACCUGGAAGACCAUGCAUUCCGAUGGAAAAAGCCUUAUUAAGUGUUAUUUGGUUAUUAGCUAACCAAGAAAGUUUUUGUUUUUUUUUUCCUUUCAGAUCUAUUGCUGACAGAUUUGAUCUGACUAAAUCUUCCCUAUUUAGAUGCCUUUUAAAGGUAUCCUAUAUUUUGGAAAAGAUGGCUCCAAAUAUUAUUACUUGGCCAGAUCCUGUUGUUGCUGAAAGUGAAUUUCGUGAAAUAAAAGGCUUCCCUGGCAUCAUCGGUGCUAUUGAUGGCUCCCAUAUAGCAAUUAAAGCNCACCUGAUUUGGCCAAGGACUGUUUUAGUAAAUCUAUAA